GGCUUUUCGUUGCUUGGCGCGAGGCUGCCUGAGGCAUAGGCGGGGCCGUGGCCUGUUUGCCGCCGGCCCUCCCGUAUGGUGCUCUUCGUUCCUCACCGGGCACGAACACGAGGCCCCCUCGGUGGGCGCCAGGUGAGAGAAUGCAUUUCUCCGCCCCCCGCGCCGGCCAUUGCCGGCCUUGCAGAAUGGUGUGGCGCGUUGCGUCUUGGUCCCACCGCUGCGCGCCGAGCGAUCCGCCCCGCGGUUGCCGCUGUGCAGGAUUUGUUCGGUUGCUCGUGUUGCUGAGGGAAGAUGUGUUUAUGUCCUGCCCGUGCUCUAGCCAUGGGGAAGGGGAUGGGCGUGCGGCCUUAGUCGCCGACGCCAGUCAGACCAACAAAUGCCUGACGCCGGGUUCUUUGUUUUCGCUUCCAUGCUUCGUAACGAGAGCAGCAACAUGUCUACAACGCGGUAGGUUGAAGAGGGCGUCCUGCUUCGUCGAUGUCUAUUCAAAGAACGAGUUUCAAUGAUGAAGACGCCAUUGAUCUGUGGGUCGUGUGAGAGCGGGAUAUGCAGCAUAACAUGUGACGUCGUGUCAGUUUGUUAUUGUUCAUUCGUUGAGGGAGUUUCUCUGAGUUCGUCUACGUAAAAUAAAACUAGCGCGAUAUCCUGUCUCCGUUUCUGGCAUUUUCAUGUUCAACGGUGGUGGCACUUACCCGUACCUCUGACAAUGCGCACAUCGCUUACCAGUAUACUCAAUGAGGGGUCGUGACAUCAUGGUGGAAGAGGCGCCAGGAGUGCUUCAGUCUCCUCCCCGCGGCCGCGGGGCCCGGUGCGUCGACGGUUUGAAUCCUCUACCAUGACCUUCGCGGGCCACAUGAUUCGGGCGAACGCGCUGGACCGGAAGCACAGCGCGGCGGAGAAUCGAGCAAGCGGAAAGCUGGCCGCGGACGACAUCUCCCGCAUUUUAGUCUACUGGACCGGGACCCGUUUGCGGUAUGGGGGCCGGCCGCUCUUCCGCGUGCUUGGAUUGCUUUUCGGGAAGCGCCUCCCUGCCCGCCCUCUCUUAUCGUGGCCCACACCCGCCGGGGCGCGCGGCGUGCGCGCCCCAUUGCCACGCUCGCCCCCCCCGCGAUUUUAGCGGGGCGAUUGCGCG